CACAUGACUAAUUUAUUUGUUUACCUCACAAAAAGUAUCUAAUACUGUGUUCAGUUAAAGCUAUAGUAAUUCGUAAAUCCAAAUACAAAAUAAUGCAACGUUAUUUGCUACAUAUUGUUUAAAUAUAGAAGUGUUGUUCUAUAGUGUUAUCAUAAACGGUUAAGAAUUAUAAAAAAUAGGCUAGCAGAAGGAAGGAAGAACUAUAAGAAUGGCUAAAUUCAAAUUUGACAUCGGAUGUAUUUUUAGUCAACCCGUUGUAAAAAUAUCAUCCAACUUGCUACCUCACACAUUUCUGGGCGAUAGAAGAAUGGCUAUGGAUGUUAGCUCAAAGGUGUCUGAAAUUAUAGACCGGUUAGGUGAACUUUCAGCCAUAGCACAGAAACUGUCCAGACCUAUUACAUCAGCACAAAAGCUGCGUAUGUCUGAAAAUCAAACUGUCUAUCUUAUGGCUGAUAUAAAUGGAUGCGAUGGCGAUGUCGUUAUAGGACUUUUGAAAAUUGGUACCAAAAAUUUAUAUCUUUUCGAUAGUACGGGCCAGACGAAGAAAAUUGAUAAAGCACGUUGUAUAUUAGACUUCUACAUUCACGAUUCAAGACAGCGUAUGGGAAUAGGUAAAAUACUGUUUGAUAUAAUGCUUAAAGAGGAGAGUUGGAGUCCAGUUAAAUGCUCAGUUGACAGGCCAUCUGAGAAGUUAAUACAAUUUUUAAAGAAAUACUAUGGCCUGGAAAAAAUUAUACCACAAGCUAAUAAAUUUGUGUUAUAUGAAGGAUUUUUCGACGAAGAUGAAGAUGCUAACAGGCUCAAGGUGAUGCUUCCCAUACACAAUCGCAGCAGUAUCAAGGAAAACAACUGUACAAUCCAAAUUCCGCACAACCAGUUCAACAAACAACAGAAAUUUUAUCACAGCAGCAUGUUCCCACCCAUCAGCCCCAAACAACUUCAUCACCAAUGCAGUGUAAAAAUCAGUCGUUCAAAGAACCUCAUUUAUCACAGCCACGAAUUGAAGCGGCCCGAAAUCAACAACCGCUCCAAUCAUCUCCUGUACCUGCCCCCGAGCCGGAAUUGUGUACAACUUGCCCUAAUUGUCAAACAACGAUUUAUCUUGUUCGUGGACACGAUACCAGCAGUGAACCCGCACAAGGUUAUACCUCAAUUCAACAUGAUACUACUGGUAGCACAGCUGCUAAUUAGCACAUUACUUGAGUGGUGAUCUGUACUGACUCUUUCAAAAUAAGCAAUUUAUUUCUAUGUCAAGCUAAAUUUUUGUGUAAUACAAAUUUCUCAGUGUAAAAUGUUUAAUAAAAAUUGUAGCUAUCACUAAAAUGUA